AUGGGAGUAUUUCGUGAGGUGCAAGGUUACGACCGAUCCAUUCCUGGCUAUCAACGCUAUCGAAUUAUCGGAGAUGUGGGACGUGGGGAACACACAUUACAAAUUAUGGACGUACAACUGGAAGAUGCCGGAGAAUACGAGUGUCAGGUGACGCCGGUACCAGCAAACAAUCAUCCAUUACUACGUCGCAAAACAGAGCUGAUUGUGCUGAUCAAACCGUCCGUGCCAAGUAUUUUGUAUCCAGAUGUCCCUCCGCCUGACAAACAAUUGAUCAUCUCAAAACCCGACCCGAUACUUCGUAUCACUGUGUUGUGCGUUGCCGUGGGUGGCAGUCCACCGCCGAAUUUCUCCUGGAUCCUGAACAAUCAGGAGAUACCACAAUUGAAAACAACACCGUCUCCACGUCGAACGGCGCAUAUACAAAAUCCUUGGAUCAAACUGGAUCCGGUCAUAGAAACACAGUCGGAAACCGGUCAAUCUCGACUCACUUUGUUGAAAUCGGGUCUGAAAGAUGGCGAUCAGCUGAUGUGCAGUGUGACAAAUGCCGCAACUCAGCUGCAUCACGAUCCACAUCAACGCAAUCUCACAACCCACGUCACAAUUCGAGUGCACACUCCACCUGGACCACCGCGAAUAAUCAGCCCGGAAACGGAUCACGUUUACUUGGAAGGAGAAGAACUGAAAGCCAUCUGUGUGGCAUCCCCACCGGGCAAUCCACUGGGUGGAUUAUUUUGGCGCUGGCUUCUACAUCCAAUCCAAGUGGACGAUCCCAGUAUAGGCCAAGUGAGUGGAAUCGGGGGACGAGGUGGUGCCCGACUAAGUGAUUACAGUUCCGUGGAAGCCUACUUGCACACACUGGAUGCGGCUGGAUCACCAAGCGGUAUGGUUGGCGAGAAGACAGCCACCACCACCGGAACAUAUCACACGCUGGCUCCGAUAUCGGAAGAUGUACAACCGCUGCAUUACACACUGAAUAAAGAUAAAGAUCAAUUGGUUAACACCCUGGUGAUUCCCCGCAUCACUCGUCGAUAUCAUGCGGCCAACCAAACAACAACUGCUGCUACUGCUGCUGCUGGUGGUGGCGGUGGCGGCGGCUACGUGAGCCUGAGUCUGUGGCACACACACACACUAAACUCAGAAACUUGCAUAUGUGUCGGUUACGUUCUGAAUGUGGCUGAAGAAAUGUCCUAA